CCCGCUCCGAUCCGCCCGCGGCCUGCCGGAUCGCCGCGCCAUGGACCAGUACGAGAAGGUGGAGAAGAUCGGGGAGGGCACGUACGGGGUGGUGUACAAGGCCAAGGACCGCUACACCAACGAGACCAUCGCGCUCAAGAAGAUCCGCCUCGAGCAGGAGGACGAGGGCGUCCCCUCCACCGCCAUCCGCGAGAUCUCACUCCUCAAGGAGAUGCAGCACCGGAACAUCGUCAGGCUGCAGGACGUGGUGCACAACGAGAAGUGCAUAUACCUCGUCUUCGAGUACCUCGACCUCGACCUCAAGAAGCACAUGGACUCAUCCCCGGACUUCAAGAACCACCACAUAGUCAAGUCCUUCCUCUACCAGAUCCUGCGGGGCAUCGCCUACUGCCACUCGCACCGCGUGCUCCACCGGGAUCUCAAGCCCCAGAACCUGCUCAUAGACCGGCGUACCAACUCACUCAAGCUCGCCGACUUUGGAUUGGCCAGGGCGUUCGGCAUUCCUGUCCGGACGUUUACUCACGAGGUGGUGACACUAUGGUAUAGAGCACCUGAAAUUCUUUUGGGUGCACGGCAAUAUUCUACCCCUGUUGACGUGUGGUCAGUUGGUUGCAUUUUUGCUGAAAUGGUGAACCAGAAACCUCUUUUUCCUGGUGAUUCUGAGAUUGAUGAACUGUUCAAGAUUUUCAGAAUCAUGGGCACUCCUAAUGAAGAGACCUGGCCAGGUGUUGCUUCAUUGCCUGACUACAAGUCAGCUUUCCCCAAGUGGCCGUCCGUGGAUCUUGCAACUGUGGUCCCAACACUCGAACCUUUGGGAAUUGAUCUUCUCUCGAAAAUGCUCUGUUUAGAUCCAAGCAGAAGAAUCAACGCACGAACUGCCCUCGAGCACGAGUACUUCAAGGAUCUCGAUGUAUCCUCAUAGAUUAUGGCCCCUGCCCCUCUGUACAUUAAGAUUGCAUGGGUUGCUCCUGAGCUUCCUGAAUCUUGGACCGUGUGCCUCCUUUCUCCCCUAUUUUUUUUGAUUUUGGUUGUGUAGUAGAGAGAAACUAGAAGAGGAGACACCUCUAGGUUACCCCUCUGUGUAGGCCAAGUCAACUGAAAAAAAAGUCUGGUGGUCUGGGAGAUCUACAUUGCCAUUUUGCCCCGUAUUUAUAAAAACGCUGACACCGACUUGUUCCUGGAUGAUCAA